UGGGAGCCUGCUCACCAUGGACACUGCCGGGUACAGCAAGUGGGAUGGCAGGCUGGAGGAGGUCCUCAGAGGGUACCGGGGACACUGGGGACGGCGACUCCUCUUCCUAGCCCUGGCUCUCGUGGUCACCACAGUCCUGUGGGCCUUCAUUCUGAGCAUCCUACUUUCCAAAGCCUCCACGCAGCGCGGGGCGCUGCUGGACAGUCAGAACCUGCUGAAAACAAACGCCUCGAAGCAGACGGCGGCGCUGGGAGCCUUGAUGAAGGAGGUCGGAGUCUGCAAUAGCUGCUGCCUGAAGACGCAGGCGCAACUGCAGACCGCGCGCACCGAGCUUGGGGAGGCGCAGGGGAAGCUGCUGGAGCACCAGAGCGCCCUGAAAGACCUGAGCGAGCACGUGACCCAGAGGUUGGCUGAAGCGGGCAGGGACCGCGAGAGCAUCCGCAGCGAGCUGUUCCGAGCGUUGGAGGCCGCACGAUUUGGGAACAGCUCCUGCGAGCAGUGCCCCACGUCGUGGCUGCCCUUCCAGGGCUCCUGCUACCAUUUCUCUGUGCCGCGGGCCAGGUGGGAAGAAGCGCAGCUCAACUGCUCCGCCGCGGGAGCGCACCUGGUGAUCGUCGGGGGACUGGAGGAGCAGACCUUCCUGGCUCGGAACGCGGGAACCCGCGGCUACUGGCUGGGCCUGAGGGCUGUGCGCCGCGCGAGGAAGAUCCAGGGCUACCAGUGGGUGGAUGGAGCCCCGCUCAGCUUCAGCCACUGGAACCUGGGAGAGCCCAAUGACUCUCGGGGGCUCGAGGACUGUAUCAUGAUGCUGCACACCGGGUUAUGGAACGAUGCACCGUGCAACAGCAUCAGAGACAACUGGAUCUGCGAGAAGAGGUUCAGCUGCUGAGCCCUGCCCAGUGUCCCCAAACCACACCUACCGCCACAAGUGUGAUUGCCUGAGCUGCUCACCCUCCGGGCUCCGCACACCACCAUCGAUUUCCUCCCUCACCCACCCACCACUACUGAGAAUCAAAGGCCUAAUCAGCCCGGUCCCAUUGCCUUCACUCUGGGACCUCCUCUCCAACUUCACCAUAAACCCUCCCACGUGGACCUAACUUAGCACCCACCCCUUCCAAAAUCCUGGCUUCUGGGCCCUGUGAUAUGACCCCACUUCCCUCCCUAGCCAAGAUCAGGUAAUUCUGAGAUGGAGCUGUUUGGUCUUCUUGCAAUUUUUCCCCCCAGACUAGAAGGACUCAAAGAAAGGGGUUUUGUGAACUGUCCUCAAAGCCCUAGGGAGCAACAAUAAAUGUUUGAGAAAUGAAUCUUG